AUGAAAUUCCCGGGCUCGGUGCUCGUCUCGCUCGCCCUCUUCGUGGCCGAGACGGCGGCGGCGCUGCGGCUGAGCGGCGCCUACGGCGCGGCCGGGGACCGCAUGUGGCAGACGCUGACGCUGCUCUUCGCGCUGCUGCCCUGCGCGCUCGUGCAGCUCAGCCUCGUCUUCAUCCACCGCGACGUGAGCCGCGACAAGCCGCUCGUGCUGCUGCUGCACCUGCUGCAGCUCGGCCCGCUCGUCAGGUGUGUGGAAGUCCUUUACAUUUACUUCCGUGCGGGCAGAGUUGAAGAGCCCUAUGUGAGCAUCACGAAGAAGAGGCAGAUGCCGAAGGACGGGCACUCGGAGGAAGUGGAGAAGGAAGUGGGCCAGGCCGAGGGCAAGCUGUGCACGCACCGCUCCGCGUUCAGCCGCGCCUCCGUGAUCCAGGCCUUCCUCGGCUCCGCGCCCCAGCUCACGCUGCAGCUCUACAUCUGCGUCCUGCAGCAGGACAUCACAGCUGCCAGAAGUAUUUUUAUGGUCCUUUCUCUCCUGUCAAUUGUCUAUGGCGCCUUACGCUGCAACAUCCUGGCUAUUAAGAUCAAGUAUGAUGAUUACGAUGUGAAUGUGAAACCAACUGCCUACCUCUGCAUAUUCCUGUGGAGAAGCUUCGAGAUUGCUACCCGCGUGACAGUUCUGGUCCUUUUCAGUUCAGUCCUUCAAAUCUGGAUUCUCCCUGUUGUGCUGGUGAAUUUAUUUGUCUUUUUCUUUUAUCCCUGGGUUCUCUUCUGCCAAAGCAAGUCCCCGUUUCCUGAGAACAUAGAGAAGGCCUUGAGCAGGGUUGGCACCACCAUCGCCUUGUGCCUCCUCACCCUCCUGUACGCUGGCAUUAACAUGUUCUGCUGGUCGGCGGUGCAGCUGAAGCUCAACGACCCCGACUUAAUUAGUAAAUCCCAAAACUGGUACCGCCUGACGGUCUAUUACAUGCUGCGGUUCAUCGAGAACGCCUUCCUCCUGCUGAUGUGGUACGUCUACAGAACCGACACCUACCUGUACGUGUGUGCCCCGCUGCUGGUCUUGCAGCUCCUCCUGGGCUACUGCAUGGCUGUCUUCUUCAUGCUGGUGUUCUACCAGUUCUGCCACCCGUGCAAGAAGCUCUUCUCAUCCAGCGUUUCUGAAGGUCUGCUGUCCUGUUGCAAGUUCCUCUGCUUCCUUUGCAAGCCUCCCAAAUCCAGUAAACUGGUGGACAAAGCAGAUUCAAAAUCACCUGCCAGUACUGAUGAAGCCUGGAGCAAGACAACAAAUUCUCAAAACAGGAAUCCCCAUCGGAGUGUUUCUUCCAAUGCCUAGUACAACUGGGAGCAGCAGGUGCUUUUGGAAGGUGCCACCCCACCUGCUGGGAAAGUUACAUGUCUGGGACAUUGUGUCUUGUGGAUGAGGUGUUUUUCUUGCAGGUUUAACACUACAUGAAGAGUGACAAGCCUUCCUUUGGGGGAAACCUAAGUGUCUGUGUAUGGACACAGAGAGCAACUGGUAUUUGUAUAAUUCUAUCUCAGAGGUCUUUUGCACAUGGGUGUGUUAUCAUUUCUUCAUCUUGAAACCAUUAUAGGUGAUAUCCUCCAAGCUGGCCUCACGCUGAUCUUACUCAGGAAAUCUGAAGAGGAUUUUAUUUCAUUAUGGCAUGCCACCCUAGCAUGGAAACAGCCUAAUCCUUGACUAUAUACUGACUGUAGCUGUGGUCUGCUUUGAUCAAAUUGCAGACUUUUUUACACUCUAGUAAGUGUAAUAAGACAAUACUUGUCUUUUUUGACUUAAGAAUAGGUAUUCUGCAAUUCACUGUAGCCUAGGUUGCCAAGAAAUGACCAACUAGGCACCACUGAUACUGAAAUGUGACUGCUACUGAGAAGAGCCAGAGGGGUUAUUGGCUUAUGCACUCUUUUACUGUUGCUAUUUGCUGCUUGUUAGUAAGGGAAUUAAAUCUGAGACAGUAAUUGCAAAGUUCUGGAAAAGCUCAAUGUCCUGAUAUUCUCAUAUCAGUAACUUCCUUUUUGAUGUUCUGGUUUAGGGGUGGGAUUCACAUAAUAGAAUUUGAAACGUCUAGGAGCUGGGCAAACAGUGUGAGCUAGCAAUGUGGCUGCCCUCACACACCUCCAGGGAAGGAUUGAGCCCAUCCUAAGGUGAUGUGCUAGGCAGGCAAUUUAAAUAGUACCCUGGAGAGCUCUCACUGUAUUGACUGGAUGUCCCUUAGCUUAGCUUACAGUUAAGAGAAAAGUACCACUCAGAGUGUCAGUGCAGCAAGCAGGAUGCUCAGAGACUUGUCAUGUGGAGACAGAGGCUCUCGAGUCCUUUUCGAGCCUGUGUUGUAUUACGUUAGUUUGAUGUCAAUAACUUAAAACACUCUGGUUUCUUUACCUCAGAAGUACUGAAGACCUGAAAUCUUCUAAAAGGGGAACCAGAAUACACCGACUUUUUUCUGUGCACUGUGUUACCACAAUUAAUAGUCAUUUCUGUACUUUGCAAGUUGCUGAUAAAGUUUGGACGGAUGGACAGUCAAGAAGUGCUAUGUAGUGGAAAUACACACAAGCAA